GACCUCUCCUCUUCAAAGCAGCAUCCAGAGACGACCCUUUACCAACCAAAGAUCCCAUUCCAGCCGCUGCUGCUUCUUCACCUCACACCAAACGACCACAGCCACCACCAGCCCUCAACCAGCGACUUUUCUUCUUCUUCUUCAACCCGUUUCCACCCUCUCCAUUUCGAACCUAGACCAGCCGUCCACCACCCAAACGAAGCUCCUCUCUUAAGCGAUUUCCGACCGUUACUGCUGCUGCCGGAUUUCAUCACCGGCGGCAAGCUACUCUUGAAUCUCCUAAGACAAGAAAUGAAUCCCUCCUCUCAUUUUCGGAACCUUCAGCCGCAACACACACCCAUAUAAACAGAUACACACACAAAGAACGCCGGAAAUCAGCCGCGCACCAGAUUUUCAAGCUUCGUCGAUCCUUUCACUCAUCCGAGCUUCUACUGGCUUCUCCUUUUCUCUCGAUACCUACUGCUGCUACUGCCUUAGCACACGUUGGUGGUGCAUCAGCAGCUGCAACGUUGGGCCAACAGAGUUGAGAUCGUAGUCUGAGCAGGAUAAAGCUAUCUUUUGCUGCAUUGAAGAACUAAGUAACACUGGGCGCUAUUCUGAAGCAAGUACAUAAGCAUUAUGAGAACAACUUUAUUGAGGCAGAAGGGUAUCAACAUUUAUUGGAAAUAUUACAGCAAUCUCUGCUGUCCUAAGGUGAAUGUAAAUGAGAUACUUUCCUCAACAAAAUUACGCUCGUUUAGCAGCUCUAACAAAUACUCUGAUGAAUCCACUCAGUCCAGCUACCCUCCUCCACCUGAUCCUAUACCGAAUAGGCCCUUAAGAGCUGAUCCUAGAAGGCCCUUCAAUCCAUCGCAAAGGCAGCGCCCCGGCAGCAGCAACCCCACCCAUUCUACAACUUUUAGAAAACCUGGUGAGAAUAAUGAAAAUCAAAUCAAGUCCCAGGAUAGCCAAGACUUUCUGAAAAGGUUUCAGCUUGGAUUUGAUCGUAAAGAUGAAAAUACAAACACCAAUCCUGCACUUCACCCCGAAGGUGAAAGGAGUGACGCUCCUGCUUCCGAGGCACCUCCAGCUCCACCAGAAGAUUCAGAUGAGAUAUUCAAGAAAAUGAAAGAAACUGGCCUAAUACCCAAUGCUGUAGCUAUGCUAGAUGGGCUUUGCAAGGACGGCUUGGUCCAGGAGGCCAUGAAGCUCUUUGGCCUGAUGCGUGAAAAGGGUGCCAUACCUGAAGUUGUUAUCUACACUGCUGUGGUAGAAGGCUUUUGUAAAGCCCACAAAUAUGAUGAUGCUGUGAGGAUCUUCCGGAAAAUGCAAGGCAAUGGCAUAAUUCCAAAUGCUUUUAGUUACGGUAUCUUAAUCCGCGGGCUCUGUCAGGGCAAGAGAUUAGAGGACGCCCUCGAGUUUUGCUUGGAGAUGUUGGAGGCUGGACAUUCCCCCAACCUGAUGACCUUUGUAGGUUUGGUCGAUGGGUAUUGCAAAGAGAAGAGUCUGGAAGAUGCCCAAAGCAUGAUUAAAGCGGUGAGGCAGAAGGGUUUUACCCUUGAUGAGAAAGCUGUUAGGGAAUAUUUGGACAAGAAAGGGCCAUUCUUGCCACUGGUUUGGGAGGCAAUACUGGGGAAGAAAGCUUCACAGAGGCAAUCUCUCUUUUAAGGUGUUUUCUGUUUUUUUUCAAUUGAAAUAUUCUAGAGUUCGAUCAAUAUAUGUAGUAGCUCUAUGAGUAUUAUCAUGUUAUUCAAAUACUUAGUUUUGUAGUGCCUAUUUAGAUGGUUGCCGAGUCUAAGAGCUUUGUAUAAAACAGGUCCUUGCAUGAA